UUCUCCUGGCAGAUAGCCUCUCAAGUGGACUAGCCAGCCUCUUCAACGACACCCUCACAGAGUACCCCAGUCAAUUUGGAUGCCUUAAUAACUCCGCCGGUGAACAUGGAUAUCUGCCCGAUUUGGUUGUAUGCUCCUCCUCCUCCUCCUCAUCAGGGUCGAGCAAAGCCUUUCCGGGCAUAAAUGUCCUUGAACGCUUCAAUGUCUACCCGGAACUUCUGCUGGCCGCACUCUACCGCUUGGCUAACCAGUGGCGCCUCCUUUCCUCCCAGUGCUUUGAAGUUUCUCUGGGCAGCGUUGACCAGGUGCACGCGCUUGCUGUCCCUCCAGAGGACUUUAACCCCACCCGUCAAAAUCGGUUUCAGACGAAUGCUAGCCUGAUCGAGAUCGGGACUGGUUCUGGUGCUUCAGUCCUCAGUUGUGAUGGCCUACGGGAGCCGCCAACCUUCUACGUUAAUGUGGUCUACUUUCUGGCCGGUUUCACUACCCUCGGUCUAUCUCUGUCUGGCUGGCUUGUAGCCAACUGCGGUUUGUCCAAUCCUAGCCUCUCGCACGCAAUGAUCUCGAUUUGGGGCGCAAUUCUACCGGUGUGUGCAUUCUUCUUUAAUCACAAGGAAGCCACUCGAGUGCAGUGGACACCGCCACUGCGCGAGUCCUUUUCAUAUCCCUUCUUUGUCCUGCAGCAAACGGCUCUCCUCUGGCUAUUGAAGGAUUCCUCACGUACUCGACCUCCUCGUCUUCUAAAAUGCUUCCUCUUCAUACUACUUCUUUUGGCCGUGCAACUGCCCUGGCAAUUCGCCCAAUUCGCUCUACUUACUCAGCUUGUAUCUCUGCUGGGGGCCUAUGCAAUUGCCUUGUUAAUUCGUGCACCCUAUAGUACGUCUCUACUGCGCCUAUUUUCUACAUUUGUCAACCGCUUGGAGGAUCUUGUCUUCUGUCAGCUCGUGGCCCUGCUGCUAUGCUUCUGUGCGCAAUUUGGCAACCAAUUUCUCCUGCUCUCUCUAUAUUUCCCUCUUCUUAUUGGGUCACUUGCUGGUACGUUUUUAUCUGUGCUUUAUAUCAGGUAUUUUAAUUGA